CCUCUGCGCUCCAACCUGGGGGCGCGGACCUGCGCGGGGGGGCGGCGGAGGACUUUCCUAUAAAAGCAGGGAUCCCGCGGUCUCUCCGUCCCCGGCAGACACAGAGCCGCGAGUCCCCGCGAGUCCCCGCGAGCAGCAGCGUCCCCCCGUCACGGUGUCGGUACACCCCCCGAGAGGAGAAGCUCAGUCCCGGACUCUGAAGCGACCCCACCAGCGAGGAUGUCCCGCACCGACGAGGUCCACCGCAUCACGGAGAAUGUCUACAAGUCCAUCAUGGAGCAGUUCAACCCCUGCUUGCGGAACUUCAUCGCGAUGGGGAAGAGCUACGAGAAGGCGCUGACCAGUGUCACACAUGCUGCAAAGGGCUACUUCGACGCUCUGGUGCGGAUGGGCGAGAUGGCCAGCGAAAGUCAAGGCUCUAAGGAUCUUGAGGAGGCAGCAUGGGAGGUCCUCUUUCAGAUGGCCGAAGUGCACAGACAGAUCCAGGUCCAGCUGGAGGAGAUGCUCAAGUCGUUCCACAACGAGCUGCUGACGGAGCUGGAGAAGAAGGUGGAGCUGGACGCACGCUACCUGAACGCCGCGCUGAAGAAGUACCAGACGGAGCACAAGGGCAAAGGGGAGAGUCUGGAGAAGUGCCAGGCAGAGCUGAAGAAGCUGCGCAGAAAGAGCCAAGGCAGCAAGCACCCGUCCAAGUACGGGGACAAGGAGAUGCAGUACGUGGAGGCCAUCAGCAACAAGCAGAGCGAGCUGGACAACUACAUCGCCGAGGGCUACAAGCACGCGCUGUCCGAGGAGCGGAGGAGGUACUGCUUCCUGGUGGACCGGCAGUGUGCCGUGGCCAAGAACAGCAGCGUGUACCACAGCAAGGGGAAGGAGCUUCUGUCCCAGCGGAUCCCGUUGUGGCAGCAGGCAUGUGCCGAGCCCAACAAGCUGCCCGACCGCGCCUUGUUCCUGGCGCAGCAGAUGAGCGGCGUGGCGGGAGCGAUGGUCGCCGGCGCGCAUCAUCCAGGCAUGACCUCCGAGCCGCUCUCCGGGGCCAAACCCCUGCCGGUGCCCCCGGAGCUGGCGGCCCUCAGGGCCAGCGGGGGUCUGGGACAGCAGAGGAUGUUGGGGGCCGUGGAUGGAGGGAUGGCGGCGAUGAACGGCAGCGCGGGGGCCCGCGGAGGAGAGGACUACCAGCAGUGGAUGGAGGGCAAGGUGGCCCAAGCCAAAGCCCCCCCGCAGACGCAGCGCCACGCCGGGGAGGUCUACUCCAACACCCUGCCGGUGCGCAAGGCGGCCCCCGCCAAGAGCAAGACCACUCUGACGGAGACCCGCACGCUGCCCCGGUCCAGCUCCAUGGCAGCGGGGCUGGAGAAGAACGGCAGGACCAGAGUCCAGGCCGUGUUCUCCCACGCGGCCGGGGACAACGGCACCCUGCUGAGCUUCUUCCAGGGCGACGUGAUCACGCUGCUGGUCCCGGAGGCCCGUGACGGGUGGCACUACGGGGAGAACGAGAAGACCCGCAUGCGCGGCUGGUUUCCUUUCUCCUACACCCGCUUGAUCUCUGAGGCCGACUCCACCUCCAUGAGGCAACUUCGAGUUCACAACCUCCACGGGAAGAGCAGCAGCACAGGGAACCUGCUCGAGAGAGAGGACAUGGCCCCCGCCGGCCCCGACUACGGCAUCCACCCGCGCAUGGCGGCGCAGGGGGCUGCUGCGCUGCACGGCCGACAACAACAGCGCCCCUACAGCGUGGCGGUGCCAGGCUUCUCCCAGCAAGGCGGUGAGGAGUACGAAUCCGGCUUCCCCACGAGCAGUGACCCCCCCUUCGAGCCGGCCACGGAAGCUCCCGCCAAACCGCCCCUCUCUGAUGAGGAGGAGGAGGAGGAGGACUCCCUGGAGAAGGCCUCGACCCCCCAGGGGGAGUGUUGAGCCUCAGUGUGACACAACAGCUCACUGCGACGGGAGUCGCUGAGGCGUCGUGUGCAAAUAGCUGCCGGUCAUUGAAUCGUGUUUGAUCGUCUGUGAUUGACAGCCGGCGUAUUCGCGGUCUGAACGCAGAUAAAUAAUCUCCAGCAGGAUGAUGAGGCACUAAUGUAGUGAAACACUAACCAGAGACCAGUGUGUGCGUGAGGCGACUCACACGACUCAGUACUUCACUCUGCAGAUCCUGCAGUAUUUAAUAAUUGCUGUUAUCAGUAUUACUGCACAGAUUAGAUGAUCGGUGAUAUUGUUACAUGCAGUUUGUAAGAUCUUCUUUAAGGAAAAUGCUUAAGAGAAGUGUGAAAUAAUCCACAACAUAUAUAUCUGUUUAGUUAUUGCAGAAGGAGUGAGAUAAAUCAGAAGUGCACUGAUACGGCGAGCAGAUGAAAAUGUAUCUUACAAUUUGAUGGAUUUGAUUUAGAAUAAUCAAUCUGGUUAAAACUGGCUGCUGAUAAAUAACUAUCAGGUCUUUUACAAUACAUUCAAGACUGAGGUUGGAAUUGAAAGUAUGUUUUCAAGAUGUCCAAUAGUUUUAAAACUGAACUGAAGCGAAAUCAGAAGCAGAAGCCAUUUAUAUGUUAAACAGAGAGGAAUUUGACUUGCGAUAAAGAAUACAUGUGAAUAUUUGAUAUGCAUUUAACUAUUGGGCUUCAUACUUAAAGUUUUAGCAGUUUCUCUUUUACUUCUUAGUUUUGCAGACGAGUUCUGCAGAACAGUAAAUGUUCUGCGUGUGAAAGAGAAUCCGCCUCAUCCAUGAACUUCAGACCACAUCCAUCAUCUGGAUGGACUAUGGAUGUUUCUGCUGUGACCUCAUUCUCCCACAACGCAAACGCUCUGCAAACAAAUAUGACUGUCGACGUGUGUCAUGUGAUCUGGUUUUCAGUUUGAUUUUAAUAAUAAAAUAAAGUUGCUCAUGUUGUGCUGUA